ACGACAUAUUAGACAGAGAUGUCAAGCUCGGUUAAUUUUCUUUACAGUGCUUGCUUGGUUCUUACCAACACCACAUAUUACAGGUGUUAAUUAUAAAACAUCACGUAUUACAGGUGUUGAUUAUGAUGCUAUUCAGGUUUUAAAAAAAGAAGAUCUACUACACCACUUCUUGAUAUUAACAACAAACGACAGGUCAUGGGGAACAUAGCGGAUUUGUUUAGUCGUAAUAAAGAUUGCCAUACAUGGAAAAUACAAAAUAGAGAAACUCUAUCCAAUCCGGUGUAUUCCUAUGUCAAUUUAGAUGGCACGGGGAUAUUGCUGGAUCUGUUGCGAGAUGAGAAUGGACGGAAGAAAGUUAGAGAUAUGAUCGCAGAUGAAAUAACAUCGAAAUAUAUUACAGGCCAAGACGAAAUGUGUAUAGAACAGAUUGAAGAACAGAGAGAACUCGGUAGAUUCCGGGUUAUAUCGACAGCUAUCCAGAGAUCAGUAUCAGCAUUAUCGCGCUCAAGGAAGUUCAACGUUGAAGUCACAGCAAACCAAAUAAAGCCACAAUGUUGGAAGGAAAAUAAACGUGGAGGCGUCGGUGAAACAUCUUUUCACCUGUGUUUCCUGAAAGGUACACCCGAACACCUGGAAAUUGCUAGAAUAUUCCUGGAAGUCCACCCGUCUAUGGCUAAUGAUGUAUACACUGGUGACGAGUACCGUGGUGAGGGUGGUUUACAUCUAGCUAUAGCUAAAGGUAAUCUAGAAGCUGUACAGCUGUUGGUGGAGAAUGGUGCUGAUGUCAAUCAGAGAGCCACCGGUCAGUUCUUUCAACCAGAAGAUGUGAAGCAGGGCAAAGACAGAAAACAGACAAACUAUGAAGGUUAUGCCUACUAUGGAGAAUAUCCCCUGUCGUUUGCUGCGUGUUUUCAGCAUACAGAUAUUUAUGACUAUUUAAUAGAGCAUGGUGCCGACCCUUAUAAUAAAGAUGACUUUGGUAAUACAGUUUUACAUAUGGCUGUUAUACAUAACCAAUCGAAAAUCUACAGACAUGCUGUUAAGAAUUUUCAAAACGCCGUUGAAUCUAAAAACAAAGCUGGGUUAACCCCUUUAACACUUGCCAGUAAAUUAGGCCGACCUGAAAUAUUCCAGGAAAUGUUGGAGAUAAGUAGUACGCAAAAGUGGAAGUUUGGUAACAUCAUCUGUUCACAGUAUCCAUUAGACGCUCUGGACUCUAUUGGUCCUAAAGGUGAAACUGAUUGGGAGUCGGCAUUGAUGACUAUAUUAGACGGAGAAACAGAUGAACACGCCGAGAUGUUGGAAGGCCCAGUGAUGUCCCAGUUAUUGAGAGAGAAAUGGAAAACCUAUGCCAAGACACGGUUCUGGUGGAGAAUGGGUAUAUCUGUGACACAUCUGUUAACAAUAACUGUAGCUGUUUAUACACGACCUAAUCAUGGUAAUCUACUGAAUUUCUCAGAAUUAACCAAUGUGAUUCGUGUUAUAGCAGAGUGCUUCAUGUGUUUAGGGUGUGUAUUUAAUCUGGUGAUGGAAGAAGCCAAAGUUGUAAAGGAGUUAGGAUUACGUUUCUAUUUCAGAAAUUGUAAAUAUGCUCCAGACAAUACAAUCUAUACCCUGUCUUGUGUUCUGAUAUUAAUUUGUAUACCACUGAGAUUUACCAGAUCAGUAGAUGCUGAAGAAAUAUUACUCAUCAUCGCUGUACCAGGGGCAUUCUGUAUUCUUCUCUUCUUUGCAAGAGCAUUGGCAAUAACUGGACCGUUUGUUGUUAUGGUUUAUAAGAUGUUGACGAGGGAUAUGUUCCGAUUUGCUAUCGUUUACUUCUUCUUCUGUAUCGGAUUUGGUCUAGGAUUAUCUCUGCUGUUUCGUGAUAUUGAGGACCAGUCAAUCAACCCAACGAACUUCACAGACAAUAAAGAAUUCGCUAUAGAAAGAUUUUCUACGUGGAAUGAGACCAUACUGACUUUGAUUCAGAUGUCGUUUGGAGAAUUCCAGUAUGAAACAUUUAAUGAAGCUCGAAGCCCUGAAAUAACCAAGUUGAUAUUUACAGCAUUUAUAACAUUAGUGCCGAUAUUACUGUUAAAUAUGUUGAUUGCUAUGAUGGGUAAUACAUAUCAUAAUAUCAGAGUUAAGGCAGAGAAAGAAUGGAGAAAACAGAGAGCUAAGAUUAUUAUCGUAUUAGAAAGCAGUAUUCGCAGACGUCAGUUAUUGGCGAACAGAGUCAAGUAUUCUGAUGGGCGUGGUUCAUUAGUGGUCAUACGAUCUGGACAAGAUGCCAUCGAAGAUUUAUGGUGGGACACAAGGCUUUAGCACACUGUUAACCGAGCUUGGUGUGGUGUGUGGUAGGGGUGGGGGUACUUUAUUCGCAAAAGAAGCAGGCGUUAUUGGCAACUGAUAUCAAUCAAAUUAGAAUGAAAAGGGAUUUGUGGA